AUGACAAUCGGGUACACUUGUCAAACGGUUCUCUGUUACAGAAGCCUAGUGGCCGAAGACGCAGCCGCUGAUAAGAGUUGCUCUUUGAAGAAUGAGGUGCUUGCAGUGAACUGUUUGUUUCGUUUUAAGAACCUACUUGACGAGACAAUUGAAGUGAACUGUCCAAGGAAUGCUGUUCUGAACUUAAUUAGAGAAAUCAAUCCUGAUAUAUUUGUCCAUAACAUUGUCAAUGGAGCUUACAAUGCUCCCUUUUUCGUCACACGCUUCAAGGAGGCACUCUUCCACUUCUCUGCUUUAUUUGACAAGUUUGAUGCUACUUUGCCUCGUGAAGAUCCGGCAAGGUUGAUGCUUGAGAGGGAAUUCUAUGGGCGGGAAGUAAUGAAUGUCAUAGCCUGUGAGGGGUUGGAGAGAGUUGAGAGGCCUGAGAACUACAAGCAGUGGCAAAUUCGAGUUAUGAGAGCCGGGUUCAAGCAGCUUCCGCUGGACCAGGAGCUCAUGAAGAAAUUUAGGGCGAAACUCAGAGCAUGCUACCACAAGGAUUUUGUAAUUGAUGAGGAUGGCUCCUGGUUUUUGCAAGGAUGGAAAGGCAGGAUUGUAUAUGCUUCAUCUUGUUGGGUUCCUGUAAAGGAGUCUUGAAUGACAUGGUUGCCAGUAAGUGAAUUUAGUAAGACAAAACUUCCAGGAGGCAUGAAUCGAUCUCAAAUAUUAAUGAAGAUUAUCCAUAUGCAUACAGCAGUAUUCUUUCUAAUUAAGUUAUAAACAAAAAGUAGUAUAUACAUAUAUAUAUAACUCACAUGGCAAUAUUUGAAUUUACUUUUUGUUCUUAGAUAUCAUGGUAGCACCCGAGUCAAGAAAGAAAAGCAGGAUAUGUAUCCAAAUAUUCUGCUUUUCUCCUGUUGUAAAAUGUUGGUCCUGUUAAAUCGAUGAAAAUAAAAUUCUACGAAUGAGUUUUCGUA